CAGCUGGUUGGUUGCCAUCUUUCAUUCCAUGCAUCUACCUGCAGCCCAAAAUGGUGCAGUGGUGGAGGAAGGGGAAAAACACGGCUCUUGCUAUAUGACAAAGUGGAGCAAGUAAUUCACAACUGUUAACUACUGUGAUCUCCUCCUGAAGACUGAAAAUACUCUGCUUUUAUUGGAAGUGUAUAAGCAGUGCAUGGUCAGGCACUGGUUUGGUUUAUGAGGAGUUACAGUUUGGGUUUUCUACAAAAAUACUUAACUUGCUUUCAGAGUGGAGUUCUCUGGCAGUCCUCACAGCCCAUCGCAUGGGUACUUAAGGACGUCCUACAAGCUUAAGGAGUAGUCUUCAGGCUACAUCAAAACCAGAGCGUUAUCCUGCCUGUCUAGAUGCACUAGUCCUGCUAGCACACUGGAAGAACCUUCUGUUCUAAGAAUAGAUUGUACUGGGAAUCAUGAACAGCAAUGGUUUUGUAAUACUCCCAGGUUCAAAAAGUGGAACCUCAGUGAGAUUAAAAGCAAAAACUGUUAGAGAAUUGCGGUUGGAGAAGGUGCAGUUAGAAAUGGAGAAUAAAGAGAUGGAGAAGAAAUUACGGCAACUGCAAUCCAACAUGAGCAGAGAAAAAGAAGAGAGAAAGAAAUCAAGCGCUUACCACUGGAAAUCUGGACAGGCAGGACCAAUGACCAUCCAAGCCCGACUUUUGUCACAAAGCAAAGAAAAAAAUAAUAAGGUUUCUUCAGGAAAAGUGAAGUUGCAAAUUCUGAAAGAUCAGAUGAAAGAGCCAGUGAAAGAACCAUUUAAGCAUGAAAUGUCAAAUUCUGUACCUCAUGAAAAAUCUGAAGUGAAGGAGCUAGCAUGUGGACAAUGUGAAACUAAGAGCGCGCUGCUGACAGAAGCCAAUAUGCAUUUUGGAAACUUGGAAGUUGUCCAUCACUUCACCAAUGAAGGAAAUCUGAAUGAAUCUAAAAUUAAUCAUGAGGAGAAGAAAGUAAACUGCAAACAUCAGGUCACUUCAAACAAAUUUUCAUCUUUGCCAGUGUCAGUAAGCAGUGCUGAGGAACUCUUCUCGGAAUCAGCCUGGACAGGCCUUGACGAUCAGGACAAAGGGUUAUUAUUAAAUGGUACAUUUAAUGAGGAGGAAUCUGCGAAGUGUUUUCAGGAUGCUUUGAUUCAAUGGAGAAAUGGUAGUUGUGAUCACAGAAAAGAACAGCAUGCUGGUGAGGUCCUAUCAGAGUCUGUGGGAAUUUGCGAGGUACAGACCAAUCUUACUACUGUGAAAGAAAGUGUCCAAAUUCAAUUCAAGGAUGGUGGCCUGAGCUACAUGGAGAAACUCCUGCUUAAGAAAUACAGAAGAACUGCUGUUGAUGAAAUAUCUGGUAGUUGCAUUAAAGAUUUAAGGCCUAUGCAAACGCAGGCUGUGUCACAUCAGGCUGUGACUGGAGGAGGCGAAAAAGGAGAUGAUGAUUCUGAUGUCAAUGAUUUAACAGUUGAAGAGGUGAAGAGAUACUGGACAUCUGUAUUUAGAGAGCAGGUACCCGAAACUGCUCCUGAAACUGCAGAGCCCACUCUGAAAAUUGAAUUUCUUGAUGAUUCUUAUUGCACGGGCUUGGAAGAAUCAUGUAACUUUUUGGUGACGGAAGCUGGGGCUAUAGAAAUGAAUAACCAAAGAAAAACUGAAGCACUCAAAGAGUUUGAAAGUUUUCCAGCAGUUGCAGGUCAAAACAACACAGUACUAGACCUUUUGCUGGAAGAAACUGUGGGUACAAUGAGAAAGUCAUCAAGUCAUUUAAGUGCCACAGCUGACACUCCGUAUCUUCUACAUCUUCCUCUUGACAGAAAUCCUGUUUCUUCUAAAGAAAUUUUGCAAGAAAAAAUGUUUGUCUGCAGCGUUCUUGAAAGAAAUGCAGAACAAAAGGACACUAUCGAACUAAAGACUGUGGGAAGAUCACUCAGCUCCUGUAAACUACCUGAGAAGACCUCUGACCCUAGUGAACUAAUGAGCAACAAUUAUCUCUUUGAGAUACAAUUGCAGAAAAAUGAUAAAGAUUCACAAGAACUGGAUGGUGACUGCAAUAGCCAGAGUUUAGUCAUGCCUAUAAUUACAACGUCCUCAGCGUUACAGGAUGUAGCCAGAAUACAGAAAUCUGCUUCCACAAAGUAUCGGGGACUUGAAGGUUUCUUUGUGGUAGGUGUAAACCCUAAACAAGUAAUGCUGGAAGCAAGUUCCUCACUGUGUGCUGACUCCAGCCCUACGAACAGGAGUAUCCCAUUUCCAGGACAUAAGAAGUGGUAUGCUGACAGGAGCUUAAGUGAAUAUGCUGAUGACUCUGUAGUUCAAGGUGUCAUAGAAAGUCAAUUGAAUAGACCUUCAAGUGGUCUUGAGACUCAAAACAGAAUUUCUCCCCUGAUGGUAGUGUGCAGAUCAUACUCAGGGAAUGAUUCCCAAAGACCCCAGUCGGCAGAUAUGCUACAGCAUAACCUGACUAGAAAUCGUCCAAAAAGCAUUCAGCCAAGACCAAAGAGUUCACCUGUGCAUACGUUUAGAGUUGAUACCGAGAUACCAAAGCAUGAGUGCACUGAUGUAACUAAGCAAGAUGAGGAUCACUGGAAGUAUAUCGCUGACCAAGAAGCCCUACUUACUCUGGAAAAAGAAUUACAAAGUUAUGCAAGUUCACAAGAAAAACUUUACAGCUUAAUUUCUGAAGAUGUAACCUCUUCUAGCAUAUACUUGAGGAAGAUACAUGGAAAUGUUACAAAUUUCCAUAAAAACUUGGAACUAAAAGACCACAACAGAGAUGAUAUGUCUGGGGGCUGUGAUGAAGGCCAAAUGGAUGAUAAGGAAGAAAUUCUGGAGGAUAAACGACAGGUUCUUGCAUUAAAGUGAACAUGCAAAGAAUUUAAUGUAAUUUUUAUCUUUGCAUAUCGUACGAAAUCAGGAAGCAGACAGAGAGGUAUCUUGAAUGCUGCUGAUAUUAUUUAUUAAAGAUUAUUUCGUAAAGCUGUGAAUAAAAAAUGUUAAAAAUCA